UUUCUCUCGCAGAAAUGGUUGGACGGGAAGUGUAUCUGUGAGUGUCGAUACAAUCUCCUCACACGUCGGGUGUUACAUAGUUCGACCUUUACAGAUCCUGUUUAGUCUUUAAAUAUAUAAAAAGUUAAAGAAGUUUGAAUCUUUACAUAAAUUAUUAUCGCAUUUAUACAAAUAGAAAAUAUCGUUGUUUGGAAGUGACAAAUGUUAACGGGAGGACAGCAACCAUUUGGGAGUUUUGGAAAUGCAUUUCAUCUCAUUCAUUGCCUCACUAAAUUACUCUUUUUCCUAUCAACACAAAGAGAAAAAGAGCCUCUUUCCCAUCAGCUACAGUUGGUGGAGCGAGGCCAAGGGGUUGAUCCGCUAUUAAUGAUAGUUGAAAUGACGUAAAACUACCUUAUAGCCCAGAAAUGUUUUUUUUUCCAUUUAGCUUGUAAAACAAAACUAAAUUUAUCCAGGUGUAGAAGAGGAUUUUGGAUGAUGAGCUUGUGUAUUUGAUCAAAAUCAGGAAGAAGAUGAGCGAGCAGUGAAUUUUUCUUUCAUUGUUUUAAACUUCUAAACUUGGGUUUCUAUGUUCAUUCCUUGCUUAAUAUAGCUCCUUCCUGGAAUCCAAUGGUACCCGUUGGAAAGAGCAGGAAAAUGCUUGCACUUCUGUGCAGGUAUUUCCCAGCUUCCUUGGACAAUGGGUCGAGCGAGAAGGAAUUUCACAAAUACCUAAAUAAAAAACAGUCACAGCUCCAGGAUUAAACCAAAAACGAUCAAAUAUCCUAAUGUUAUUACUGGUACUUUUCCCCACCAGCCAACACCCCCACUUCCCAACCCCCUGCUUCCGUAGAAUUCCCUCUAUUUAAUAUGUGGCUGCUGUUAAAUUACCCGCUUGUUUAUUUUGACUUUUUUACAGAGGUAUUGGAGCAGCUGUCCGGUGAGCUCUGGUAGCACUGCACCUCUGAAUGUAUGAUCCCUUCUCCCACCUGGUUCCAUCUGCUUAUCUCUGCUCAUCUUGUUCAACCUCUGUGCAGUCUCCUAAACCCAUCUUCCUGCUUCAGUGAUUUACAUCUCCCAUCUGGGUCAUCUUCGGUCCACCCUGUAUCCCACCUCCUCAAUGUUAUAUAUCAGCAAACUUUCUUCCAACCUCUGUCUUCAUUGUGAAGUGUUCUUUUGUACCUUUGGCCUCGCUGAGUCAUUUCCAGAAUCGGUUAUUGUUAGCUGGAAUGCCGGAGGGUCAUCAGGUCCCAGUUCUGUUGUGCAUUGGUGUGGAGGUGCUAGUUUAUGAACAGUGACGGGCUGACACACUGCAGCAUUUUGCUGGCAGCAAAGAGUACUGGGAGAGUUGGUGCUUGGGCUCUAAUCCUGUGAUCGGCUUUCCAGGCAAAUGGAACUAUUGGUGUUUUGGCUUUGACUUUGGUUUGAGCUUCUACAGAUGGGGCCGGACGCUCGUCCUGCAAUGAAGCAGAAAUUUCGAGCAGCUGGACAUUGGUUGUGGGGAAAUCCCGGAUUGCACGACCCAGUGUGAGAUGUGGGGACGAUGUGUGAGACUCUCAGGGUUGUUCGACCUGUGGUGAGAGAUUUAUUUGAAGAAAAACCCCAACUGGAGGCAAACCACGACUGAAGACGAGGGAACAGCAACAAGUGAACCAGCCCGAGGACUGAGAGCACCGACUGGAGAGAACCCAUCUGACUCAGAGAUUCCGGUGAUUCAGUCAGGAGAAAGUUUGGUUAAAAAUGAGAAGGAAUUUGUCUCCAGGAAUCUCAAACUUGGCACGGCAGUUUUGCUGUCUCUGUCUAGAUAUUUAAGAAGUGGAGCAAGAGAUUCAAUCGACCAUCCUUCCAGCUCAGACUGUGGGGAGGGAUUCACUCGUGCAUUUGACGAACUUGCAUGCCCGUCAUUUUACACAGGAGAAAGGCCGUUCACCCGCUCAGACAGUGGGAAUGGAUUCACUUGCUUAUCACAAUUGAAUGUACAUCAGCAAGCUCACACUGGGCAAGGCCAAUCACCUGUUCUGUGUGUGAGAAGGGAUUCAGUCGGUCUUCCCACCUGUGGUCAUACCAGUCAGUUCACACUGGGCAGAGGCUGGUCAUCUGCUGAAUUUGUGGGGAAAGGUUCACUCAGUCAUCUGAUCUAAUGGCUCACCAGCGAGUUCACACGAGGGAGCAGCCGUUCACCUGCUCAGACUGUGGGAAGAGAUUCACUCACUCUUCCAUCUUGUGGAAACACCAGCGAGUUCACACUGGGGAGAAGCCGUACAUCUGCUCAAUCUGUGGGAAGAGAUUCACUGAGUCAUCCAUCCUACUGGUACAUCAGCGAGUUCACACUGGGGAGAAGCCAUUCACCUGCUCAGUCUGUGGGAAGAGAUUCACUCAGUUAACCCACCUACAGAGUCAUCAGCGAGUUCACACUGGGGAGAGGCCAUUCACCUGCUCAGAAUGUGGAAAAGGAUUCACUGAGUUAUCCAGCCUACAGAGACAUCAGCGAGUUCACACUGGGGAGAAGCCGUUCACCUGCUCAGAAUGUGGGAAGAGAUUCACUCAGUCAUCCACCCUACAGAGUCACCAGCGAGUUCACACUGGGGAGAGGCCGUUCAACUGCUCAGAAUGUGGGAAGAGAUUCACUCGCUCUUCCAGCCUACAGAGACAUCGGCAAGUUCACUCCGGGGAGAAGCCAUUCAUCUGCUGAGAAUGUGGGACAGGAUUCACUUAGUCAUCCCAACUGCUGGUACACCAGUCGGAUCACAAUGAGGAGUGGCCAUUGUUAUGAAUCUCUAGGUUUCAUUUGCUGUGGACUAUCAUUUUAAGAGAGAGAAAUGAAGAAGAUGAAUCAGUCUGACUUGCAGCUAUUUUACAUUGCUCGCAGCUUGUUUAGUUUAACCGAGGACAUAGACACUCAGAGUCAGAUGGGGAUGAAGGAGGAAAAAUGGAAGGAUCGAACCCAGGGAACUAGUGGACAAGGGUCACUGUUUGGAAUUUUUCUAUGCCCACAAUGGUGGGUUAAUUAUCAAUUCAGCAUUCAUCGAAUGUGUGGUUGUUACCUUGUUUGAUCCAUAGGGGUGGAUCUGUUUUGGGGUAUCCUGUGAAGACCACUGAUGUGUUAACCCUUGCCUAGAUGUGGUGUGGUAAUUCACUUGACGAUACCUCUUGUGACAAGUCACUUUCGGUGAUAAUUCAUAUGUGGAUUUGGAAUGAUGACAGAUAAAAUCUACAGUGACUAUUCUCUCAUUUUACAACCAUGGAACCUGUGGAAUUCAACAUAAUUGCCUUCUCUCGACAUUUACCCUAGAUUACAAAUAUCUCUCUCUCAUCACCUAUUCUGUGGAUGAACUGAACAUUCAUACUUUACCAUCUCAAGACUCCAAGCCUUGUUUCCCCCGAGAAUAGUUUGGGAGCUAUAUUUACACACAUGCCACUUAACUUUUGUUUAUCUUCCUUAAGUUAUUGUAUAAGUAGAUUCUAUUAAAGAUUGUUUUAACAUCAAAAACAGACUCCAGGUGUAGUCCAUUGCUGCUGGUUCAUUUCUAAAGCAUAACAAUUCAGAGUAAAAUUGGGGCCUGCAACCGAAAUAUGAACAGAUUUGGGGGUGUAUUGAUUAGUUAUCGAUUUCAUUGGGGAAAUUCCUUUUGAUUUAUUUGUGUGUGGAAAAUCAGCAGCAAUGGAUGUUGAUAGAUGUCAGGAAGCACCAGCCUCUGAGGCAUUAGAGGACGCCGGUAGGAUUGAGUUGUUGAGUCUUGCUAGAAGGUUAAAACUUGCUAAGGUGAAAUCGACAAUGAGGAGGGCUCAGAUGCAGAGGAUAAUAGCUGAACAUUAUGUAUCUGAGGGAGUGUUUAAAGUGGCAGAGUUGGAGUUUUUUCCUGAAAGUAAACCUCAUGAGCUUGAGCUCCAGUAGAAGUGAGAAAAAUUAAAGAUGGAGGCUGCGGAAAGGCAGUGGGAGCUUGAGACUAGACAGUUAGAAAAACAGGGAGGAAGCAGAAAGACCGGCUGUUUGAGUUGGAAAAGAUAGAGAGAUUGCAGCAAAGGGGUCUAGCGUUAGACUCUAGUGUUAAGUUGAGGCCAGUCAAGAAGUUAAAUUGGUUCCUCCAUUUGACGAGGUAGAGGUUGAUAAAUACUUUCGGCUUUUUGAGAAGUUUGCUCAGAGUUUAAAAUGGCCAAGAGAGGGUUGGCAUAUUCUCUUACAAAGUGUAAUUCAGGGGAACGCUUAGCAAGCCGAUUCUGCUUUGACAGUUGAUGAAGCAGCUGAUUAUAGGACAUAGAAUAGUACAGCACAAUACAGGCCCUUUGGCCCACAAUGUUGUGCCAACCCUUAAGCCCUGCCUCCCAUAUAUCCCCCCACACCUUAAAUUUCUCCAUAUACCUGUCUAGUAGCCUUUUGAAUUUCACUAUAUCUGCUUCCACCACUGACUCAGGCAGUGCAUUCCACACACCAACCACCCUCUGAGUGAAAAAACCUUUCUCUGAUAUCCCCCUUGAACUUCCCACCCCUUACCUUAAAGCUACGUCCUCUUGUAUUGAGCAGUGGUGCCCUGGGGAAGAGGUGCUGGCUGUCCACUCUAUCUAUGCCUCUUAAUAUCUUGUAUACCUCUAUCAUGUCUCCUUUCAUUCUCCUUCUUUCCAGAGAGUAAAGCCCUAGCUCCCUUAAACUCUGAUCAUAAUGCAUGCUGACUAAACCAGGCAGUAUCCUGGUAAAUCUCCUCUGUACGCUUUGCAAUGCUUCCACAUACUUCCUAUAGUGAGGCGACCAGAACUGGACACAAUACUCCAAAUGUGGCCUAAUUAGAGUUUUAUAGAGCUGCAUCAUUACAUCGCGUCUCUUAAACUCUAUCCCUCGACAUAUGAAGGCUAACACCACAUAAGCUUUCUUAACUACCCUAUCUACCUGUGAGGCAACUUUCAGAGAUCUGUGGACAUGUAUCGCAGACCCCUCUGCUCCUCCACACUACCAAUUAUCCUGCCAUUUACUUUGUACUUUGCCUUGGAGAUUUCAGCUUCCAAAGUGCACCACCUCACACUUCUGAAGGUAGAAGCAAAAAGUAGUAAGGUGAAAAGUAAAAGUGGCAGGCAGGCAAAUCCGGGGCAAAAAUCAAAAAGGGCCAGUUUUCAACAUAAUUGUAUAAGGGCUAAGAGUGUUUAAAAACAAGGCUGAAGGCAUUGUGGGUCAAUGCAUGGAGCAUUUGUAACAAGGUGAAUGAUUGAAUGUGCAGAUAGUUAUUAAUGAAUAUGAUAUAGUUGGGAUCCCAGAGUCAUGGCUCCAGGGUGACCAAGGAUGCGAGGUCAACAUCCAGGGAUAUUCAAUAUUCAGGAGGGAUAGACAAGAAAGAAAAGGAGGUGGGGUAGCAUUGCUGGUUAGAGAGGAGAUUAAUGCAAUAGAAAGAAAGGAAAUUGGCCUGGAGGAUGUGGAAUCAAUAUCAGUACAGCUGCAUAACACUCCAGGGUAGAAAACGCUGGUGGGAGUUGUGUACAGGCCACAUAACAGUACUAGUGUGGUUUCGGAUGGCAUUAAACAGGAAAUCAGAAAUGCAUGCAAUAAAGGUACAACAGUUGUAAUGGGUGAGUUCAUUCUACAUAUAGAUUGGGUGGACCAAGUGGGUAAGGGUGCUGAGGAAGAAGAUUUCUUGGAAUGUAUGCAAAAUGGUUUUCUGAACCAAAAUGUCGAGGAACCAACUAGACAGCAAGCCAUUCUAGACCGGGUAUUAUUGUGUGAUGAGAAAGGGUUAGUUAGCAAUCUUGUCGUGCGAGGCCCCUUGGGUAAGAGUGACCAUAAUAUGGUGGAAUUCUUCAUUAAGAUGGGGAGUGACGUAGUUAAUUCAGAAAAAAAAGUUUCUGAACUUAAAGAAGGGCAACUUUGAAGGUAUGAGAUAGGAAUUAGCUAAGAUAGACUGGCAAAUGAUACUUAAAGGGAUGAUGGUGGAUAUGCAAUGGCAAGCAUUUAAAGAUCGUGUGGAUGAACUACAACAAAUGUUCAUCCCAGUUUGGCAAAAGAAUAAACCAGGGAAGGUAGUGCACCCAUGGCUGACAUCGGAAAUUAGGGAUAGUAUCAAUUCCAAAGAAGAAACAUACAAAUUAGCCAGAAAAGGCAGCACACCUGAGGACUGGGAGAAAUUCAGAGUCCAGCAGAGGAGGACAAAGGGAUUAAUUCGGAAAGGGACAAAAGAUUAUGAGAGAAAGCUGGCAGGGAACAUAAAAACUGACUGUAAAAUCUUUUAUAGCCUUUUAAAGAAAACGAUUGGUUGACAAAUGUCAACCCUUACAGUCAGAAACAGGUGAAUUGAUCAUGGGGAACAAGGACAUGGCAGACCAUUUGAAUAACAACUUUGGUUCUGUCUUCACUAAGGAGGACAUAAAUAAUCUUCUGGAAAUAGUAGGGGACCGAGGGUCUAGUUAGAUUGAGGAACUGAGGGAAAUGCAUGUUCGUAGAGAAGUGGUGUUAGGUAAAUUGAAGGGAUUAAAAGCAGAUAACUCCUCAGGGCCAGAUGGCCUGCAUCCCAGAGUGCUUAAGGAAGUAGCCUAAGAAACAGUGGAUGCAUUAGCAAUAAUUUUUCAAAACUCUUUAGAUUCUGGAUUAAUUCCUGAGGAUUGGAGGGUGGCUAAUGUAACCCCACUUCUUACAAAAGGAGGGAGAGAGAAACUGGGGAAUUGUAGAUUGGUUAGCCUGACAUCAGUGGUGGG